AUGGAUACAGUCAUUGAUCUAUCCGAUGCCUCCAAGGCACUCGACCUUGCUAACAUCCGUUUCCAGUUAAUUCGACUAGAGGAUACAAUCACCUUCCACCUAAUCGAACGAGUCCAAUUCCCUCUAAACAAGACCGUCUACCAACCAGGAGGGGUAAAGCUCCCAAGUACCGAUCUGAGCCUACUAGACUACCUACUCCGUGAACAAGAAAGACUGCAGUCGCGCGUGCGUCGCUUUGAAUCUCCAGACGAAUACCCAUUCUUCAAAGAUGCAGUCGAGAAACCAAUCCUGCAACCGCUGCAGUACCCGCACAUCCUACACGACAAUGACGUAAAUGUCAACAACCUUAUCAAGACAAGGUACAUUGACGAAUGGCUACCAGCCGUAUGCCUCCAGUUUGGACGUGAGGACCGCGGCGAGACGCAAGAGAAUUAUGGUUCCACAGCAACUUGCGACGUCGCCUGUUUGCAGGCGCUGUCGCGUCGAAUUCACUUUGGCAAGUUCGUUGCAGAGGCCAAAUUCCGAAAGGACCCAGAGACCUUCGUUCGUCUGAUUAAGGCUGAGGACCGCGAUGGUAUUGACGCUGCUAUUACGGAUGCUCGUGUUGAGCUUAAGGUGCUUGAGCGUUUAGGUCUGAAGGCGAAGACUUACGGUACUGAUCCUGCUUUCCCGGAUUCGAACGGGCCAAAGAUCAACAUUGAUGCCGUCGUUGCCAUGUACAAGGAAUUUGUUAUCCCACUGACUAAGGUUGUCGAGGUUGAAUAUCUCAUGCAGCGUCUGAAGGGCACUCAAUGGGAGUAG